AUGUCUCGUGCACCUCUACCCGCGCUCUCUCUCGAGCAAGGAGUUACCAAUGUCAACUCUUCUAAUCAACCAUACACUCUUGCAUUUGCCAUUGUCGGCUUGCUUCUUUAUGCUUUCUACAGAUGGGCACUCCCCAAACCGAUUUCCGACAUUCCGUACAAUGAGAGCGGCAGGAAGAAUGUUCUGGGAGACAUCCCUUCACUAUUAGAAGGGACGCAACGCACCGGCGAAUUCAACCUGUGGCUGCUUGAGCAGGAGUCCAAGCUGCGCGCACCACUAUUCCAGGUCUUCAUUCGCCCCCUAGGAAGGCCGAUGUUGGUCAUGUGUGACUUCAGAGAGUCUCAGGACAUCCUGAUGCGCCGAAAGGACUUUGAUAGGUCCAGCCUGCUUGUCGAUACCCUUGGGGGUAUCGGACCGGACCAUCACAUCGUUCUGAAGACAGACGCGGAGUGGAAGAGGCACCGGAGGCUUGUGCAGGACCUCAUGUCUCCGGCUUUCCUGAACGAGGUCGCGGGACCGACGGUGUACAAGGGCGUGCUGAAGCUUAUCGACCUGUGGAGCGACAAGGCCCGGCUGGCUGACGGCCGGCCUUUCUCUGCCGAGACGGAUAUCUACCAUGCCGCCCUGGAUGCUGUGAUGGCGUUCACCUUUGGCGGCAGCUUCCCCAGCAGCGCAACCGGCCCGAUGGUUGACGCCGUCAAGGCCCUCGGGGCAGAGGACAUCAAGAAGCUGGGUGGAAAUGGUGUCGAUGACCCGAUAGUUUUCCCAGAAGGAAAGAGUGACGAAAAGAUCAGGGCAACCCUUGACGUGCCUGGCGCCAUCGAACAUGUUCAAGGAUCGCCGAUGCCAAAAUUGAAGUGGUGGUUAGUCAAGAAGAGACCUGACUUUCGCAAAGCCUUUUCUAUCAAGAACGCCUAUGUUCAAGAGGAGAUUUCCAAGUCAUUGCGACGACUGGAGGAGAACGGUCACGAGGAGAAAAAUGUACUGUCAGCUGUCGACUUGAUGGUGCUUAGAGAAAAGAAGCUCGCAGAGAACGAGGGCAGACACCCUGACUACUUUUCUCGUACGAUGAUCGACGAGGUCUUUGGCGUUAUUGUUGCCGGUCACGAUACCACGAGUACCACCAUGUCCUGGGGCGUCAAGCUCCUAGCAGACAACCCCCGGAUCCAAACCAAAUUGCGGGAGGCCCUUCGAGCAGGCUUUGCCGACGCCGCAGCCGAGGGCCGCAGCCCGACUAUCAAGGAGGUCACGAGCGCCAAGAUUCACUACCUAGAUGCCACGAUGGAGGAAGUCCUCCGUUGCGGCGGAGCCGCACUUCUCGUCGACCGCCAAGCAACCUGCGACACCGAGCUCCUGGGCCAUCACAUCCCCAAGGGAACCGUCGUGAUGUGCCUAACUCGUGGGCCUAGCAUGCUCAAGCCCGCGUUCGAAGUUGACGACUCCAAACGCAGCAAGAGCAGUCAGGCAGCCAAGGCUCGGUCCUGGGUUGACGAGGACAUUGGCCAGUUCAAGCCGGAGAGAUGGCUGGUCGGUGAUUCAGGCGCGGCGCCUUGUGAGUUUGACCAGCAGGCCGGGCCCUCUAUCGCCUUCGGAUUGGGUUUAAGGGGCUGCUUUGGGCGGAAACUGGCGUACCUCGAGCUGAGGAUCUUGGUAACGUUGAUCGUGUGGAACUUUGAGCUGCUCCCUUGCCCGGAGGAGCUUUCUGGGUAUGGGGCCAAGGAGGGUCUCACGUACAAGCCCAAGGACUGCUACGUGCGUCUUCGGGCUCUUGGGAAGAAUUAG